GCGACGGCCAUGGAGAAUGGACUGGGGACUUUUCAAACCAUCCUACUGAUGUGAUUGAUGUUCUGAUGUGAUUUGCAGGCAUUGACUCGUCGCGGUAUGUAGUGUGAGAGCCGCGGGUUGUUACGCACCGGACGCCGCUCGGUUUCGGGGUUUUUCUCUUGGGUCUUGUUUGUUUUGUUGGAUCGUUUGAUGUGAUGUCGGGCCUGUCGCCCUGCCUUGAAGUCACUCCCUAGAAAUGUAGCUUGGGGUUACAACACUGGUAAAGCUGUCACUGAAGGUAUUGCUGUGUGGACGAUGCACGAGCGAUGUCUGAUGUUGAGGCCACGUAUGCAGACUUCAUCGCCUCCGGCAGGACGGGACGCAGGAACGCCAUGCACGACAUCCUGCAGAGUCCCACCGAUCCCGAGGGACGAGAGAUGCCCCUCACCCUGUCUCUGUCCCAGCUGCACAUCAACGCAGGAGGGGGAGAUGGAGACGACACUGAGGACAGCCAGAGCUCCUCUUCCUCCUCAGCCCACAGGGGCGCUGAGCAGAGGAACAGCUAACCUUCCACACGCUCCUGCCAGUGGACAGAGAGGUGCCAGAUGGAUUCCAGCCGCCAUCGCGAUGAAGCCGUUUGUCCAAAGUGGGCUGGUAGUCGGAGGGUAGCAACACCAUUGUUGAGGUGCCUAUAAACAGGCGACUGACCCCCAAAAAUCCACUGUAGAGGCGCUGUGCUGGGAUGUGAUCACACAGUUCUCCCAUGUCCCUGUGGCCCUGCUGUGCACUAGAAUAACAGACUGUUGGCAAGGGUGUAUUUCAAAGUUGGAGUAAGCAGAGAGACACAUUUGUAGCUCUUGUACAGCUGAUUUUACUUUCAGUCGUAGUUACUAAACACACAGGCUGGAGGACUGGGAUAAAAAGAGAAAAUGGACAGAGAUCCUAUGUGAGUUUUGUAGUUGUGCAAGCAAUUUGUAAGACCACUGAGACGUGCUGAUAUAAUGCGUCACAGUGGGAGUAGCAUGUUUGUAGUGAUGCUGAUAGAGAUUAUAUUGCCAGCUAAUGGCUUGUGCUUCCUUGACAAUACUAUUGACAAUACUGUAGAUGGAAUUGGACUACUCAGCUGUAGUAGAGCUGGAAAACACCAUGAGCAAAAACAGUGGGGCUUGGUUAGUUUAUCUGUUGAAAGGUGUGUUCACUGAUUCUGUUGGACUAAAUCCAGUCAUAUGCUGAAUGUGAAACUGGCCUAUACUGUAAAAAAUAACAGCAGAGAAGACAUCAGCACUGGGAUGGUGGUGUGACAGUGUUCUGUUGACACCAACAAUACAUAAUAAUACAUUUACAGUGAGUAUGGAUGACAUAGUUCAAUGGCUCGUUGGUUAAAAAAAUAAAUGUGGAUGAUCUAUUGUCUUUUAAAAUGUUUAUACUUUUGUUUUUUUACUUUUCUAAUGAUGCCAUUAUUAUCACAACCUUCAAGGAGUAGUUUGAAAUUUUGGGAAAAUACCUUUAUUUGCUUUAUUGCUGAGUAUUAACAUGAGAGGAUUGAUAGCACUUUCAUGUCUGUGCGCUGAAUAUGUAGCUGGAGUCAGCAGAAGGUUAGCUUAGCUUAGGAUAAAAAGUGGGAACAGGGAAACAGCUAGCCUGGCUCCGUCCAAAUGUAACAAAAUCUGCCUACCAGCUCCUCUAAGGCUCACUAAUGAAUAUGUUAUUUCUUAUUUGAUGAAUUUGUCCAAAAACUCGAAUGUAGAAAUUACAAUUAGCCAUUUUACAAGGGGGUCAUAUGUUGAACUAGUUCUCGUCUGGGACCAGUUGCCAGGCGGCCCUCGGAUACUCCACGAAGGAAUUGGUCUUUUUUGCAACACAGUUUUUGUACGGAUUCAGCGAAUGAGAUGUAACAUGUUAAUUAUUGAGCUUUAGAGGUUGUGGUUGGCAGAUUUUGUUACCUUCGGACAGAGCCGUGGGCUAGCCCUGCUAAAAGCUGUAAAGGUGUGAUAUCAAAGAGUCUUUCGACACCUCACGACCUUUGACCUGCGAUCUACUAUUUUUAACUUUGUUAUUAUUAGCUCACGGAAUAGUGUGUUCCUACUUCCUCUCUAUGUUCAUUCGUGUGCUUCCUGACUAACAACAACUAACAACUAACUUUUUUUUUUUUUUUUUGGAUACGAGGUGUGGAUUUAUUAUGACCUGUCUUAAUAGAUAAGCUAGUUAGUGAAGCAAACCGGCAUCUGGCUCCAGCUACACAUUCAGCAUACAGACGUGAGAGGGGUAUCAAUCUUCUUAUCUAACGCUCGGCAGUAACGUGAACAACUGUAUUUCCCAAAAUGUCAAACUAUUCUUUAAAUGUAGAUAUGCAAUACUCAGUGGAGCUUCCAGUAAGUGUAAUGUUUGUGUGAAAGUUUCUAUCUCGAACGUUGAGGCUGAACUACAUUCCUGCUUCUUUGUGUAGUAAUGGAUACACCCCAUAAUCAUCAUCCACAAAGACCACCACGCAUGCUCUGUAAAAACUGUUUAUUCUGUUAUUUUAUCCCAAGUAUAAUCUUACUGUAACACUGCAGCUUGACUGUGUCUCAUUCUUAUUCAUACUGAUGAUAAUAGGGCAACUAUAGCUCUGUUUAUAAUACUCAUUCAAUCAGGUUUCCAAGUUGUAAACUGCCAUGUGACUGUGUAGUGACUCACACCUGCGUCAACAACACUGUAAACCCAGCUGUUCAUAAUUCAGCAUGUAGAAAUAUGGCAGGUGCAUGAUUCUGCUAAAUGUGUAGGUGCUGGUCCGACUGUCUGUAAGCAUAUUUUCUACCCUAUGUGUCAAAACAAAAUAAAUAACUGAUGACAGUAAAAUGG